GAGCAGAUACAGACCCAACCCAUUGUCCAAUUGAUCAUCAUCAUAUAAAAAGCUGCAAAUAAUUGUAAGACAAUUGGGACAACAAAGAAAAAUUCAAAGAUCAUCAUCAUACCUUCAUUUGCAUACAAAUUAUACAAUCCCUUUCAAUUUCUGAAAACUAGAGAAAGUUUGGUGAAAAGGGUGGUAGUCUCCGAGCUUGGAUUUGGAAAAUCGGUGAAAUUUUUUCCUGGAAAGUUGGUUUUUUAUUUUCUGGGAAAAUAUAGAAGUGAAGGGUGAAGAUGUGGGGAUUUGGGGGAAGGUACUACUGGGGAAGAAAAGAAGGCGGGAAAGUCGAAGGGAUUGUGGUGGUGUUCGCGUGGAUGUCGAGCCAGGAGAGGCACUUGAAGAACUACGUUGAGCUCUACUCCUCUCUCGGUUGGAAUUCUCUCGUCUGUCAUUCCCAAUUUCUCAAUCAAUUCUUCCCUGAUCAGGCCACAUCAUUGGCAUUUGAAAUUCUCAACGAGCUCGUCGAGGAGCUAAAAAUUAGGCCAUGCCCUGUUGUCUUUGCAUCUUUCUCUGGUGGUCCGAAAGCAUGCAUGUACAAGGUUCUUCAGAUAAUUGAUGGAAAGUGUGAAGCACAAGUCAAUCUGGAUGAGUACCGCCUGGUUAGAGAUUGUGUUUCUGGCCACAUUUACGAUUCAAGUCCCGUGGAUUUUACCAGUGAUUUGGGUACUCGAUUCAUUCUUCACCCAACUGUUCUCAAUAUGUCUCGUCCUCCAAGAAUAGCUUCCUGGAUCGCAAACGGCAUUGCUUCCAGUCUGGAUGCCCUCUUCCUUAGUAAAUUUGAGUCCCAGCGUGCCGAGUAUUGGCAGACUCUGUAUUCCUCUGUAAGCAUGGGGGCUCCAUAUCUCAUUUUGUGCUCUGAAGAUGAUGAUCUUGCUCCCUAUCAAAUUAUCUGCAAUUUUGCUGAACGCCUACAAAACCUUGGGGGUGAAGUCAAACUGGUAAAAUGGAAUAGCUCUCCUCACGUAGGUCAUUAUCGGCAUUAUCCAGUUGAAUACAAGAUUGCCGUGACCAAGCUACUUGGAAAGGCUGCUACAAUUUAUUCCCAUAGAAUUCGACAACUUGAAGGAGAGAAAAUAGGCUUGGAGGGGACACAACAUGAGAUCUCUGUGCCAUUUUGCCACUUAAAGAAAGUAGCAGCAAGCUCAAAUCAGAGCUUUCAAAGAGUUUCCCUCGAGCUGAACGACCGCUUCCUCGUUCCCAGUUCAGUUGAGUAUCAUGAGGGUAGAGAUGUUGGGUCUGUGCCUGAUGAACGUAAAGAAGGCUUUAUUCAUCUGUCCACCCCACCAAGCAUCAAUGCUCAUGGUGUUCUUGGCCAAAUCCUUUUCGAUGUAUGUGUUCCCAAGAAUGUUGAAGGGUGGGAUAUAAGAUCAUCACACUCCUUGAAUGGACCACAAUUUGCUUCUACGCGAAAGCAUUCAGCUUUCAAUCCUAUGAAAUGCAUUCGUCGUUCCAGAUUAUAAUAUCUCCAUCUGAUUUAAGUUGCAGCAGAAGUUGUCGCUGCAUGUGGAAGUCCGUGUUGGGUCCCCAGAAUUUUGUUUGAAUGGUUCACAAUCUUGUAAGCAAUUGCAUUUGGUGGCAGCAUGAUGAAAUACAAGAAAGAAUGCGAAACUUUCACUUUGCUGUUUCUGUUCGGGCGACGAGGAUAUUGCCAUGGUUUGAACAAAUGGCCUUUCUUCUGACAAAAUGUACAGCUAAUUUACAGAUAAAUAUGGAUACUGAGGAAGAAUGGAGUUCACUGUAUUAGAAAUAAGAGGAAUUUGUGAGUUGAUAUCUUCGAAAUGCUGAAUUUGGUAUGCGUUCUAUGACGUUAGUUCAAGCUUAUUUUAGUUCCGAGUUUUUGAAUCACUCUCUGUAAUGUUGUUGUUUAUAAUGUUAUUCUCCUUUAUAACCAUCAAGCAUUAAGGGUCGAGGAAAAUUGAAAAAUGGUUUUCAUGGUGGUGGUUAUUUUUAUUUUAUUA